AUGCCCGACGAGAAGUACGAUUAUCAGUCCCUUCCGAUCCCCUCCUACGAAGAGGCCAUCGGCCAUGCCUCUUCAUCGCGUUCUGAUGUGGGCGACACCGAUGGCAACGAUGCCGAGCGUCAGGGGCUCCUCCAGCGUGACGCCUCUAACUACCAACCCCCGACUGUCGAAUCCGUGCGCGGCAGCCUCGAUGAUCUCGCCUCGUCGGUAUCGGGCUCCUCUCGCGGGUCCGCAGAGCAACUCCGCCAGGAAAUAGACCAGAUGGACGUCGAUGAUUCCGAGCAAGGUGUCUCCAGCCGCGGCCGACUACGGUCCUCGUUCUCCAAGCGAUUCUCUAGCCUCACGCGAACCCUCUCUGCAAUCCAACGUCCUUUCCAACGAUAUCUGCCCCGGCUUUACGGUCUCCGCUUCAAUGUGAGCAUCGACGAUGCCCGGGCGCGCAUGAAGGAUCAGGGGUGCUUAAUGCUGCUACGGCUUUUCGCCCUCAUGCUGGUUGUGAUAUUGGUGUAUGUCUUCUUUAUCGGAGAUAUCUUCAACUUGAACAACCGUAUGAUCAUGGGUCAGACGUACAGCGCAUCCUCUGUGGAAAACUUUGUCCAAGGACAUAUCAACGAGACUAACAUUGCCGAGAAUCUAAAGCAUAUCACCCAAUUCCCCCACAUCGCAGGCACCGAGGGCAGUUUUGUUCUGGCGGAAUGGAUCGAGUCAGCUUUCCAUCAAGCCAAUUUCGAUCACGUGAAGUGGGAAGAAUACCAAGUUUACCUUAACUACCCCAAAGAGGAUGGUCGCAAGGUGGCCAUCAUCGACCCUCCUUAUCUGGCGUGGGAAGCGUCUCUCGAAGGAAACGAUGCGGGCACUCCGGCAUUUCAUGGACAUUCGAAGUCUGGUAAUGUCACUGGGCCUUUAGUGUACGCCAACUACGGAUCCCGGGAGGAUUUCGAGUGGCUUGCGAACAAUGGGAUUUCACUCAAUGGGUCGAUUGCUCUUGUCCGUUAUUAUGGAACUGAGCCAGACCGGGCCCUGAAAAUCAAGGCUGCUGAAAUGGCUGGGGCUGUGGGAUGCAUCAUAUACUCCGACCCUCAAGAUGAUGGUUUCGUCAAAGGCCCAACCUAUCCGAAGGGUCGUUUUAUGCCAACUGACGGGGUUCAGAGAGGCGCUGUUAGUCUGAUGUCUCAGGUUGUCGGUGAUGUUCUGAGCCCCGGGUUCGCAUCCACUCCUGGCGAGAGUCGUCGGCUCACUCCCGAAGAUAGUCCUGGCCUGGUCCAAAUUCCGAGUCUUCCGCUUUCCUGGAGUGAUGCGCAGCGUUUAUUAAAGGCACUUGAAGGCCACGGAAGCAAAGUUCCCAAGGACUGGAUCGGCGGUGUACCCAAAAUUGAGUGGUGGACCGGUGAUGAUAGUUCACCAACUGUCCAAUUAAUGAACCUACAGGACGAGGUUCAGCGGAUGCCAAUUUACAAUGUCCGUGGAACCAUCCUGGGUCUGGAAGAGCGCGAUAAGGUGAUCAUAGUCGGUAAUCACCGCGACUCCUGGUGCUUGGGAAGUGUUGAUCCCGGCAGCGGCACUGCGGUCUUCAUGGAAGUCGUGCGUGCCUUUGGUGAACUUCUCAAUUACGGCUGGCGGCCCCUUCGUUCCAUUGAGUUUGUGAGCUGGGAUGGCGAGGAGUACAAUUUGAUCGGGUCCACUGAAUACGUCGAGGAUCAUGUCGAAACCCUUCGCUCGAACGCAUACGCCUACCUUAAUGUGGACGUGGGGGUGGCUGGCUCGGAGUUUCGCGCGGCAGGUUCACCCGCCUUCGAACGCUCUAUGCUCCAGAUUCUAGGUCGCAUCUCCGACCCAUUUGCUAAUAAGACACUAAAAGACAUCUGGAAAGAAAAGGGCCAAAAGCUAAGCCCCCUGGGAGCAGGCAGUGAUUACGUCGCUUUCCAAGAUAUUGCAGGCACCUCAAGCAUUGAUUUCGGAUUUGAGGGUGAUCGCUACCCCUAUCAUAGCUGCUACGAGAACUUCGACUGGAUGGAGAAGUUCGGAGAUCCCGGUUUUCAGUACCACAAAGCCCUCGCCCAGUUCUGGGCUCUUCUCUUGCUGGACUUCUCGGAGAACCCGGUGCUUCCAUUUGAUUUGGAGGCUUACUCUCGAUACAUCACUGAAUGGGUGCAACAAUUAGACGAUCACUUCAAGGCUUCCAAGGCCGAUAUUAACAUGGGACCCUUGUACGAUGCGGCCAAAGAUCUUGAAACCAAUGCUACUGCAUUUGCAUCAUGGAACCAGGUCUGGCACGAUACUGUAUGGGGCUCUGGUGGAUACGAAAGCAACCUGAUGGCCGUGCAGCGUGUCAAGCGCAAUCUGCGGAUGGCCAGUUUUGACACCCAUCUCCUCGAUCUGGGGGAAGGCGGUGGCAUUCCUAAUCGCACUCAGUUCCGCCAUGUUAUUUUCGGACCUGAACUUUCGUCUGGCUAUGGCGCCUCUGUGUUCCCUGCCGUCCGAGAUAGCUUCAGCACAGGAGAUCUGACUCUCACCCAACAUUGGAUCGAUCGUGUUGCUCACAUCAUUCGAGAUGCCAGUGCCAAACUGCUCGAAUAA